AUGGUCCGCGCAUGCGAAUUUUGUCGCAAACGCAAGAUCAAAUGUGACAGUGCUAAGCCCACCUGCUCAACUUGCCGAAGUAACAACAAAGUGUGUCUCUAUCACAGUGGACCGCGGAAGCAGAGGCCCUCUGCGGCAAGGAUCGACCAUCUUGAGAGAGAGAAAUCUGCACUGGAGCAUGUACUGACGCGUCUAAAGGACGCAGAUGAAGCCCAGAGAAGGGCUCUACUCGACUCUGUGGUCAUUGUCAAUGGGCGAGUGUCACAUGGUAGCACGAUACACCCCGAGAGGGAGCGACACGAAGACUUGCAACUGCUACGUGGUCUUGAAGCUGAUAUAGGAAGUCCGAUCAUACAGGAAGAAAAUUUUACGCUCCCUGGGGAGGCUCUCGACCGCGCUACCAGUCACAUCCCCGGACACAGAAAUAAUGACCAGAGUUCAAUAUCUCAUAACGAAGACAAGGAAACCUGUGCUACAGACGAGCCCAGAAGCCCUCACGCCAGUGAUAGCAUAUUCAGCUCAACUUCCGUGAUUCAUUCCAGCAGAUUGAGUCGAGCGUUUGGCCACGAAGAUCCACAAUUCAACACAGACGCGCUGCGUUACCAACUAUUCGCGAAUGCAGCGAUGGAAAGGCAGCGCGAACAUCGCCUGCGUGGUCUGUCAAAUAUUCGGGGGGUGCCAGCAGCACUAGCGCUUCAUCUUCUCGAUCUUCAUUGGAGCCGACAGCAUCACACAUUUCUGCUAACAUAUCGACCGACAUUCAUGCGCGAACUAGAGUGCGGUGGUGCAUACUGCUCUGACCUUUUGCUUUAUACUGUUUUUGCAUGCGCUUCGAAAUUUUCCGAGCGCCCUGGGCCGGAAGCUGGUCAGCAAUUUUUCGCGCGGUGCGAUGAGCUGUUGCUACGAGAAGGUUUAAUAAUUCAGUCGAGUAUACCUACAGUGAUUGCGCUGGUGAUGCUUGGGUCAACAUUCAUCGCUAGAGGCAUGACGUCCAAGGGUUGGUUGUAUACCGGGUACGCCAUGCGUAUGGUAUUUGACCUGGGUCUGUAUAUUGAGCCACAUCCUGACCACAACAAGUUCAAUGCCGAAGAAAUCGAGAUUCGUCGACGUGUAUUUUGGGGCGCUUUUGUCUGUGAGAAGCUCCAGAGUUUGUAUCUUGGACGUCCGCCCACGAUCCGACUGCAGGAUGUCCACGUUUCGCGGGACUUUCUAGAUACCUAUGAGGAGCUGGAGGCAUGGCAGCCUUAUGAUGACUGUGAUUCUCCAGGCGCGCGCAUUAUUUCAUCGACACUUCCCCUUGCGCAUUCGGUCACUGUUUUUCAGGAACUCUGUUCGCUAUCUCAAAUAAUGACCCAGAUCAUCGACAAAAUUUAUUGUGUCGACACUACUGCUUCAACAGCCCUUCAAAAGAUCCGCCACCUCGACGAUACUCUCACAAAAUGGUACAGCAAUCUGCCAGCUCACCUGAUAUACGAGCCUUGGACAAGAGAUCCUCUAGACUCACCACCUAUGGUCGCGCCAAAUCGAAUAAUCCUACUCACAACAUACUAUUCUCUUCUUGUCCUGCUGCACCGCCCAUUUAUCGUCGUAUCCAGCAGUCCCAGCGAAACUGCUACCAUUGGAACACCAGCAUUCUCGUGGAGACGAUGUACAACCGCUUCACGACAUAUUACCAGUCUUGUACUCAGUUAUCAAUCGAUCUACCCAUUACGCAAAUCGAGCUAUCUCCUAGGCUACGCCGUUUAUGUCGCAUGUACCGUCCACGUUCUGAACACUGCAUCUCUCCUAUCUGCUACCGAUAGAAAUGCAUAUACUGAAGCAUCUAUGUUGCUAGCUGCAAGCUUAAGGUGCUUAGAUGCUUUAGGUGUGCCGAAUUCCGGCGCCGCGGAUACCGCGCGCAUUAUUCGUAAGCUCAUGGCUGCUAAGGGUGUUGAAGAGCUAUCUACGGUCGUCGAGCCUCAAGAUGUGACUUUCCACCAACCUUGUGAGGAUAGUCUACAGUUUCCGAACAUUCCCCCGACUUCACAUGAUCUUGAACAGAUGGCGAUUUUUCAAGAUAUCUUUGAUCCUGGGCAGGAUUUACUAUUUGGAUUCAUGAACGAAAAUGUAAAUCUCGGAGCAUUUAACAUGGAUGAGUCUAACUCAUGA